AUGAAUUAAUCUUAAUUUUAGAUUGGCAUGAAAUGUAGAUGGUUUUAAAUCCAUCAACCUCGUCCAAAGGGCAGGCAUUUUUUGAAAAGUAUAAGGCAAAUUUUUACGAAAUCAGUGUAGUGAAGGAAUUUAAGGGAAUAAUAUAAAAGUGGAAGGGUGUGUAGUGUGUUAGAGUGGAAUGGUAUUUAUACACCCAAUGGAGUGUGUUGCAUUACAACUUUAAGACAGCAAUUUUAUUGAAGAGAUGUUUUCUACGUUCUAUGACUUGAAUGGCAGUGAUAAUAUAUGCUGAGUUGCCUUCUUAGAACUGACUUUGUUGGUCUUUACCACUUGUAAUGGGUAUUUGUUGUGUAGUACAGGGAGUGUCAGGGACCAUGUUCAUGGCAUGUCUUGUAAUUUAGUGAUUUCAUCAUAUUUCUGCAGCCAUGGUUUAUUUCAUUUAUGAAGCUGGAAUUGUUUUAAUAAAUAAGAGGCUGUGAUGAAUGGUUUUAUACAUUUCUCUUAAGUGUUUGCCAAAAUUAAGGAAAUAAAACGUAUCUUGGCGUGGCUUGGUGGGUAUCUAGAAGCAGCCAUGGCGUUUUUAUAUCCUUUCCCUUGUGAUGAGUAUAUAAAUAGUGAAAAUUCUCAGCCUCCUUUUAGCCCCAUUUUUCCUGGAAAUACAUGUUGCUCUAAUGAAAUGCAAUGAGAUUAAAGAGGCCGUGACGAUAUCGUUGUGUUUUUUCGGAUGCUGAUACCAAAGAUUUAAUGAAAUGAUUUGUAUCUUGGCAAGGCAUCCCGGAAAUUUGACAUCGUGGUUGCAGCCAUGGCAAUCAUAUAUUUUUGUUUAGCAAUGGAAAACAAUUCCGAGCCUCAACAAUAAUUCAAAAUUUUUUGCAUAGAAAUUAUAAACAUUUUUUUAAAUUUGUGGUGUUUGUAUAAAUUGAAGUAGAAUUUGUGAUUUAUAUGGUGUCCAUGUCCGAGCCUCUUGAACACUAUCAUGGCAGAGGCUUUAUUUUAAAAAUGUUGUCCAGCUAUUACUGUAAAGUUGCUGGUACUUGAUGGAAUUCUGUUUGGCCUUUUGUGAGUGUAUUAGAAUCAGGGUAAAUAUACCAAAGUUAUACUCCUAAUAGCCAUUGGAUUGUUACAAAAUUGGCAUGAAAAAAGGCCGCCGGGAGUUCCUUGACCCAUGAUUCCUCUUCUUGAGAAGACGAUAGAGAUUACAGAGAGACGAGAUCUGUUUGGAAAACCAAAUAGCAGAUCCAAAAUUUGUUUGGGGAGUAGAAUAGGAAUGCCUUCUCUUGGGACAAAAGAAAGGAUUUUUAUGGGCCCAGUAAAAAAGCCCAAACUAAAUAUCCCAAUAAAGCCCAAAAUAGCUCAAAAGCCUGUAUUAAACCCCAAAUAUCUAAAGCUCUGAUUUGUGUUUCUUCAACCUCGAGAAUAUCAGAAAAUCAGAAGAAAGAAAGAGAGAUGGGGCAGUGAAAGUGUGGAAUUUGCGAAGAAGCUCAGUUUAAAUACAAAUGCCCAAUCUGUGUCAUGCCCUACUGUUCGUUGGCAUGUUUCAAGAAGCACAAAGAAAUUCCUUGUGAAAAGCCGAUAUCUUCUUCAGAAGGAAAUUUGGAAAUUCCUUUUGAAAAGCCGAUAUCUUCUUCAGGAGAAAAUUUGGCUUUCGUACCACCAUUGCAUGUUGGCAAACCAAUGUAUGUCAACGAGCCAAGGGAGGAGCUAAAUCAGUCACAGCUUGAGUCUAUUGCUUCAUCGAGUGAAAUAUGUGAGGCAUUAAGGAGCGAGGAGCUUCGUAAACUUAUAUGCAAUAUAGAUUCUUCUCCUGAGGCUGAGAAUGAACUUGAAAAAGCCAUGAAGAAGGAAGAAUUUUAUGUACUCACUCAGAAGAUAUUGUCCAUCAUUAAUCAUUGAGGAAUGAGGAUCAUUUCUUAAGCAUGUCCCGGAUUGUAGACUAAGGUGCAAGACCGAAGCGGUUUUUUUUAUUGUUCAAAAAAUGAGUGUUGAUUAUAUUAAUGUGAUAGCUCUUAUUUUAAGGAUCUGAUAUCCUUGAUUGAGGAAUAGUGUAGGCUAGACUCUCGUAUAUAGUGGGUGUUUCUCUGUGCGUAGGAGCUAGUCAAAACUGCUAUAAAUUGUUUUUAAUUUAUAUGUUAUUUGAUGACGUGAUUCUUUAUGCUUAUAAGCUGACUUAUAAGCUAAAAAAAUAAGUAAGUCUUACCUAU